UGUGAGCUGGUGGUCCCUGAGCAGCCUCCCAGCAGGGAGAAACCCUUCAGGUGCUUGGAAUGUGGGAAGAGCUUCAGCAGGAGCAACAACUUCCUCAGUCACCAGCACAUCCACAGUGGGGAACGGCCCUACACGUGUGAGGAGUGUGGAAAGAGCUUCAGGUACAGCUCCAACCUCCGCACCCACCGUCGCAUCCACAGUGGGGAACAGCCCUACACGUGUGGGGAAUGUGGAAAGACAUUUAACCGGAGCACCGACCUCCUCAGGCACCAGCUCAUCCACACUGUGGAACGGCCCUACACGUGUGGGGAGUGUGGGAAGAACUUCAAACGGAGCUCCCACCUGCUCCGACACCAGGUGAUCCACAGUGGAGAAAGGCCCUACACGUGUUGGGAAUGUGGGAAGAGCUUCAGCACAA